ACACCCACCCACCCUGCUAUGCCUGCAGCUGGUUAAACCCUGCUGUUAGGCCUCUUCCUGUGAGGAGCUAAGCUCAGCUCAGUCAUGAAGCGGCAGUUGGAGCUAGCGGCAUUGGGCCUGGGCAUUACAGGCUGGCUGUGCGCCAUCCUCACCCGCUGCCUGCCCCUGUGGAAAGUCAGUGGCACUCUGGACAACUCCACAGCUACGCUGCCAGCAUACUGGGAUGGGGUGUGGCUGGAAUGGGACCACUGGGACCUCAACCAUGACGGUAGCCUCCACUGCUCCUUCUACCAGUCUUUGUUAUCCCUCUCUGGAAACUUCCAAACAUGGAGAAGCUUGAUCAUGGCUUCUAUAGGUGCUGGAGCUUUUGCUGUGGUCAUCAGUAUCAUUGGAGAGGUGUGGUUUCCGAAGAGGAAUCAGGUGAAAGUUGUCUCCGGUGUGGUGUUUGUGCUGUCUGGAAUACUGCUGCUUGUCCCUGUCGCUUGGACCUGCCACCACACUAAUGAGCCACUGGAGGGCGCUGUGGUGCUGAGGAGAGACUGGGGAGCUGCUCUGUACAUAGGAUGGAUCUCCUUCUCUCUGACGGUAGUAGGGGGAGGGUUUCUCAGUACUAGAUGCCUCAUGUUCCAGCAGCAGGAUGAGUCAGAAAGAGGGAGUUACCCUCCAGGUUAUCCUGUGGCAGAGCAGGAGCCAACCAACCCCCUGGAUACUAUCCACAGGACUGCUUUUAGACACAGCCAGUAUGCUCGGGCAACAACACAGCCUUCAUGAGAAGAUGCAAUCACUCUGAGGGCCUUGUGUGAGGAACCUUCCACCUAUGAAUUAUUCUUCUGUGAAAUUCUACCUAAAAUGCAUGUGUACUAGGUAUGAAUUGAAUUCUAGGUAGGUACUAUAGACAAUGUUAGAAGUCAUUCUUCUAAUGCAAUGAAGCACUUUGAAAGAUGUUGAAGCAUUUAUAAUAGGGGUAAAGGUGUAGCACUACCCAUGGAGAGUUAAUUGCGCUUUCAACUGUAAUAAUGUUGUCAACUUGCUUAAUUUUUGUAUUGGUGGUGAGGGUUAAGCAUCUAAGUGUUACAUUGCCUUCAGAAAGUAUUCACACCCCUUGACUUUUUCCACAAUUUGUUGUGUUACAGCCUGAAUUAAACAAUUAUUAAAUUUAGAUUUUGUGUCACUGGCCUACACACAAUGCCCCAUAUGUCAAAGUGGAAUUCUGUUUUUUAUAGAUUGAUAAGAAAUGAAAAGCUGAAACGUUUUGAGUCAAUACGUAUUCAACCUGUGUUAUGGCAAGCCUAAAUACACAUUUAGAAGUACACAUUUGGUUAACAAGUCACAUGAGCUGCAUGGACUAGUGUUUCACAUGAUUUUUGAAUAACUACCUCAUCUCUGUACCCCACACAUCUCUGCCCCAAUUAUUUGUAAGGGCCCUCAGUCGAGUAGUGAAUUUCAAACACAGAUUCAACCACCAAGACAAGGGAGGUUUUCCAAUGCCUAGCAAUGAAGGGCACCUAUUGGUAAAUGGGUCAAAAAUAAAGCAGACACUGAAUAUCUCUUUGAGAAUGCUUCAGAGUUCAAGUAACAGACACAACUCAACAUCCAACGGUUCAGGAGACCGUGUGAGUCAGGCCUUCAUGGUCGAAUUGCUGCAAAGAAUCACCUCUAAAGGACACCAAUAAGAAGACGAGACUUGCUUGGGCCAAGAAACAUGAGCAAUGGAAAUUAGACCUGUGGAAAACUGUCCUUUGGUCUGAUGAGUCCAAAUUGGAGUUUCAGUUCCACCCGCUGUGUCUUUGUGAGAUGUAGAGUAGAUGAACAGAUGAUCUCCGCAUGUGUGGUUCCCACCGUGAAGCAUGGAGGAGGUGUGAUGGUGCUUUGCUGGUGACACUGUGAUUUAUUUAGAAUUCAAGGCACACUUAACCAGCAUGGCUACCACAGCAUUUCGCAGCAAUACACCAUCCCAUCUGGUUUGUGCUUAGUGCGACAAUCAUUUGUUUUUCAACAGGAUAAUGACUCAAAACACAUCUUCAGGCUGUAUAAGGGCCAUUUGACCGAGAAGGAGAGUGACGGAGUGAUGCAUCAGAUGACCUGGCCUCCACAAUCACCCAACCUCAACCCAAUUGAGAUGGUUAGGAAUGAGUUGGACCGCAGUGAUUGAAAAGCAGCCAAUAAGUGCUCAGCAUAUGUGGGAACUCCUUCAAGACUGUUGGAAAAAUCAGUCCUCAUGAAGCUGGUUGAUAGAAUUCCAAUAGUGUGCAAAGAUGUCAAGUCAAAGUGUGGCUACUCUGAAGAAUCUCAAAUAUAAAAUAUAUUUUAAUUUAACACUUUUUGGCUUACUACAUGAUUCCAUGUGUUAUUUCAUAGUUUCUGUUUUCACUGUUAUUAUACAAUGUAGAAAAUAGUACAAAUAAAGUUAAACUCUUGAAUGAGCAGGUGUGCCCAAACUUUUGACCGGUACUGUAAAUCAGCUUGAAAAUGGCUGUCUAGCAAUGAUUAACAACCAGCUUGACAGAGCUUGUAGAACUUUUUCAAUAAGAAAUGUGCAAAUAUUGUAUAAUCCAGGUGUGCUAAGCUCUUAGAGACUUAUCAAGAAAGACUCACAGCUGUAAUCGCUGCCAAAGGUGACCAAAGGUAUUGACUCAGGGGUGUGAAUACUUACAUAAAUUAGAUAUUUCUUUAUUUAAUUUUCAAUAAAUUUGCUAACAUUUAUAAAAACAUGUCUUCACUUUGUCAUUAUGGGGUAAUGUGUGUAGAUGGGUGAGAAAAACAAUCUACAAAAUGUGGAAUAAGUCAAAGGGUAUGAAUACUUUCUGAAGGCACUGUACAAUUUCUGCUCGAGUAAUGUCAGUAAUACAUUCUUGAUAUUGCCCCUUUACCUGCAUAAACUUGACAUAGGGCUAUUGAUUUAGUUUUUGGAGAGACAAUGCUAUAGUAAUCACAAAAAUGAAUAAAAACAAUGGAAUUAUUA